AUGCGAAAUGAAUGGGACUUGUUGCUCACUGAAGCCUCCCUUGUAGCAGAGGCUAUGGAGAUCCCAGCAAAGUUUCAGCAAGAAGAGAAACGAAAGCGGAAAUGGAAGCGUAUGCCCGAUGAAGACAAUGCAGAGAAUACAUUUAAAGAAGCGUGGCCAGUCUACUUGGAGGACAGAAUCAUUCACUCGGUCAAGGAGGUCCUGGAUUCUCGCCGCUGUGGUGGUAAGAUCGAGUACCUGUUCGACUGGGAGGGGUACGGCCCGGAGGAAUGUUCCUGGGUUCCCAAGGACUACAUUUUAGACCCCACACUCCUCAUCACAUUCCACCAGUCGCAUCCCAGUCCUUUGCCCUCAGGAGUGGGCCGUGGAGAGGGGGUGGAGAUAGACAUGGGUUUGAGCUAUAUAACAAUGAGUAACUCAUUGGAGAGACAGACAGGAGUCCAGCAGGGACAUCUGAACCCUCUCACUCCAGACAUUCACCACUCUAGCGCAAUGGUGGAAAGAAGCAUCUUGGCUUUUGGUUUAGUUUGGCUUUGCUGCUCUGGCGGACAUGGACAGAUGGACACUAGCAUUCCUUGUGAUGAUAAACGUGUAGAGAAUGUUGUGAAUUUAGCUCUUUCCAAGCACAAUGAGUUAUUAACCGAAGGCAGUCAACUGGCUCUUUAUGAUAUCAAGGAGGCUACAAAGGCUCAGAAUGAAUCAGGGGAGUUUUUUUCUGUGAUGUUUACAAGCAGAGAGACAGAUUGUCCUGUAGGGGGAGACAAAGUCUGGCAACAAUGUGAUUACCUGCAGCAAGUGGAUAAGGUACUCAGAACCUGUCAGGCAAAAGUCCUUUUCAAAGAAGCAGGUCAACAAUUACUCUUACAUGACUGUUCAGUUGGUAUUGUUGCUGAGGUUGCACCCUGUCUAGGUUGCCCUGAAAAUAUUGAAAAUCAAGAGGACCUGCAAGAGCCACUCAUGCAUUCUUUGUCUAAAGCCAACAGCAUUUUAUAUCACACGCAUUUCUUCAUUUUUAAGGAUUUAUCAUCAGCAACAAAACAGGUGGUUGCUGGAUUCAGGUAUAAAUUGCAAUUCUACAUGGAGAAGAGUAAUUGUACCAAGUCAAAGUUCGCAGCCGUUACUCACGAGUGCCACCCAGUUCAAGAGGAACCGGAGUUUAUGCAGUGUAACUCUACUGUGGAUGUAGCCCCUUGGAGACACGAGGUCCCAGAAGUGUAUGCGGAAUGUGCUCCAGGUUUCCUGAAGUCUUUUUCAAGAUUUAAACGGCCAACAGGCUGGUCACCAUUGAGAGCCAUGAGAAAACCCUUGACCAGAGAAUCCUCAGAAGAAUCCAAGGAAAACAUUAGUGCAUCUACAGCCAUACCACUGAACUGUCCCACUAAACCCUGGAAAGAGUUCAGGCCCGUAUUUGACAACACUGCUCCAGUAAACACUACAGGACGCACACAGACAAACGGAACUACAACAGACACUGUUUUCACUGAUCAAGACUUGUUAAGUUAA